AUGGUCUUUUUCGAGCUCUCCAUGGGCAUGGGCUCCAGGCCCCAGUCAGCCAGUGCCGGGGCGUUCCAGAGUCGCUACGAAGCGCCUGAUCGGGUCCGGUCCCUGCGGAGUCGUUUGCCCCGGAGCCAGACCCCCUUCCCGGCAGGGCCAGGCAGCAUGGCCGACAUGGAGCUGGACGGGGGCCGAGCCACCCUGGAGGAGGAUGGCAGCAAACCCGAUCUGGAGACAGCGGAGCCGCCGUCCUGUCCUGAGACUGCAGGCGCCCGGGCAAAGGACCAUUGCGAUUCCCUACUGGACUCCAUCGACGCUCAGCUCAGCCAGCUGCUGUGGCAGGGCCGUGGUGCAGGAGUCGCGGGUGGUCGCACGAAUGGAGACACCUCCUUGGACUGCUCCCCCAAGGCCCCCCGGGCAGCAGAGAUGGAAGGAUGCUGUGCAAACCAGGACGGCACCCCCUGGGACGAAACCGGCCCCUCUCGGAAGGAGGAGUACGGCUGGAGGCUGAUGCAUCUCCUUGGCUCUGAGCAAGCCCCGGAAAACCUGGGGGACCAGAGCGACUCGAAUUCCAUCUGCACGGAGGACUUUGCUGCCACGUUUCGGGAAGGCAUGGUCGACCCCCUGGGGAAUUCCGAUGGGGAAGGGGAUGUGCCAGCUGGGGGUUUCCCAGCCGGAGACUCUGAUGAGGAAGGGCGCGUCAUGGGAAUCAAAGCCAGGCCCGCUGGUCUCUGCCCCACCGUAGAGGCGUGUGGGGCCGCUGCAGAGGGCUUCAUGCUCAAUACAGCGAAGAGGCCGCACAUCCUGCAGCGGUUUGAGGAGGGGCUAGAAGGGGACUCAGCCCUGGCUUUGUCCAGCAGCAUGGAAGGGCCCCAGUCCCUGAGCUCCAGGACCAGGAGAGAGAGCCUGGAGUCUCUGGGGGGCAGGAUAUCCAGGCUGAGUCAGACCAACACCACGGACACCCCAAGCAGCACGGACACGGGGAAAGCCAGCGCCACGGGAAGCCAGGCUCCCAGACUAGCUCCACCUGAACGGGUGGAGAUCUCGGUGGAAAGCGUUCCUUGGCCCCUGGAGAGCUCUUCCAGACGGGGCCAGGACUCCCGGGAGAACUCCCGACCUUUCAGCAGCCCGUUGCUCGUGGAGGAGCUGGGUCCCAGCCAGCCACUCAGAGCUCUGGGUGCCGGUGCCGGCACAAGAGCCUGGACCAGAGAGUCCCAGCCUGUGAGGACAGCUCCGAGUCCGUCCGGGAGGAGACAGACUGAGUAUGGGCACGUCUGGUCCGACAGCCCCUCUCACUCCGCACCCACAGCAGUCCAUGGCAGCCCUUCACUGGCCUCCAAAGGGGAGAAGAGCCCCCGGCUAAUAGCAUCCCCCUGCCCCGACCAAGGGCUGCCCCCGGAGACGCUGGGAGAUCAGGGCUCAGCUUUGCAAGGGUUUGGUGCCACAACACAGCUGGCUAGUAGCCCUGAAAGCGCCCAGACACCCGCAGCUGGGGUUAGCGAUGGCUGCGUGGUGACACAGGGCGGGAUUGGUCCGGGAGAUCCUGAGAGGGAGGCUCCAGAGCUACUGCAACAAGGAUCGGUGAUUCCCUGGGGACCGUCUGGAAGGGGCGUCACUCAUGCUGCGGCUAGCGGAGGCAGGGAGGGAAUCUGGCGGAGCUGGGAGCUGCAGGCUGGGCCAGCGGAGAGGGGAGCUCGCGGCCUGACACUGUGUCCUGACCCAGAGCCGGGCGUCUCCGAGAGUCGUGGGAUGCAGAGCAGCCUGAGCGCAGCUUGGGACGAGGUCUAUCUGGGGCCCUGCAAGUACAAGCACGUGGCUGGCGUCCCCGUCACCAGUUUCGACACUGUCACCAUCGACAGUGACCUGGACUCGGUGAGGACGGAGACAGUCCAGGUUCACCUCCGCAAGGCCAUCGGCCGCCAGAGAGCUCCGGGCCGCAGCACCAAGGGGCCCCGCUGCCCACGGAGAGACUCGUCGGGGUGCCUGGGCUCCAGCAGUGCAGUCACUGACGAAGAGGAGGAGGAGGAAGAGGUCCUGUGGUCUCGUGGCAGCGCCGACUGGAGGAGCAGCAGCCCUGCGAGGUGGAGCUCAAUGCCAAGCAGGGCAGAGGCCAGCUGGGAGGGUACCAGGAAGGAAGCCUGCCUGGAGCACCAGGACCUGGGCGCUGAAGAGGAGAGGCUGUUGCAGAGGAAAUCCCGGCUACACGAGGCUGACUUGUCCCUGAGUGACAUCCUGGGUCAGAAAAAGCGCGCGGUCCAGGACCUGGAGUUGCUGCGUGGGGCCCUGGAGAGGAGCCAGAAGGAGGCGGAGACGCUGGAGUCCUGCCUGAAGGAGACUCGGAGCAAAGCGGAUGAAGCCAGGGCGGACCUGCUGCUGCUGCAGUACAGGCGGGACUCGUGCCUGCGGGAGCUGCCGGAGCUGGAGAAGGAGCUGAGCGCGCUGAGACGGCAGCGCUCCACCAUGCACAGCACCCAGCUGGGGGCCUUCCAGGCUGAGGUCUCCUCACUAGCGGCCGAGCGGGAGGAGCUGAAGUCCCGUGUGCGUCACCUGGAGGGCAGCUUGUCCUUCCUGGAGCGCCAGGAGCUGGAGCGCCAGCUGAGCUGCUGCAAGGCAGAGUUGUUCUCUGAGCAGCAGGCAGCCAGAGCCAGGACCGAGGAGCUGCAGGAGUGCCUGGAGGAAGCUCAGAACAAGCUGGAGGAGAGGACGUCAGAGGGGACGGAGCUGCAGGAGGAGACCACGCGACUGAGACUGCAGCUCAGGGAGCUGGAGAGGAAACAGGCAGCAGCUCUGAGUGGGCAGAUCCGAGACCUCCGAGUGCGGGAGACGGAGCAGGAGCUGAGACGCUCUGCUCUGGAGAAGAUCGUGUCGGAGAAGGAGCUCGAGCUGGUGAGGCUGCGAGAGGUCGUCUGUGCCCUUACGGCUGAGAAGGAAGCACAGCAACAUGCUAUGGAGAACCUGAGAGAAGAACAUGACAGGCAGCUGGGGAAGAUGCAGCACGAGAAGGAGCUGGAGUGGGCCCUUCAGAGGGAGGAGCUGCAGUGUCUGAAGCAGCAGGAGCUCCAGGAGUUUGCAGAGAGUUUGGAGCAGGUGAAGACCAGGGCCCUCCAGGAUCAAGCCGCUUCCUUCCAGAAGGAAGUGGAGAAUCUCACCAGGGUGAUCGAGGCCCGAGAUGAAGAGGUUCGGAGACAGCGGGAGGCCAUGCAGCGACAGAAGGAGUCUACCCAGCAGCUGGUCAGAGAGCUGAAGCAGGAAGCCAAGGAGAUGGUUCAGAGUGCUCUGCUUCAAGAGCAAAGGAAGUGGGAGGCUGAGAAGAGGGAAGCGCUCCAGGUGCAGCGUGGGACGCUGGAAGAGCAGAGCCAGCGAGCGCAUGCGGAGGCCCUGGACAAAGAGAAGAGGACGGUGUCAGUUUUACAGAAUAAAACCCUGGAGUACCAGAAGAGAAUUCAGGAGCUGGAGCUCCACGGCCACUCGCUCCAGCGGGAGAAGCAGGAGGCGCUGGAAGAGCUGCGGACGUUGCUGCAGGAGGAGAAGACGGAGGCACUAAGGAGACUGCGCGAGGAGCUGGAGCAGGAGAGGGCUCGUGAGAGUGACCGGCUGAGAGCGAGGCUGCAGCAGCUGGAGGAGGAGCAGAGCCACUUACGGGCUGAGCAGAACGAAAUGUCCUUCCGGGAGCGGGAGGCGCAGUCCCAAGCCGAGCGGGCUGAGCGCUCCCUGGCCAGGGAGAUCGGCUUGGCAUGCCAACGCCUCCAGGACCUGCUUCCCGAGAGAGGCAGGGGGCCGAUGGCUCAUGGGAGCCCAUCUCCCCUCUCGGCCAGUCACGCACUCCAGCUCCUGCAUGUAGUGACUGAGGACACCCAGCGCUACCUCGGAGCCUUGCAGCAGGAGCUGGAAGCUCAGAAACGCACCGUGCUUCACUUCCAGGAGGAGAAGGAGUGGGAGCUGAGACAGCAGCGAGAGCAGCUUCACUUGGAGAGCCAGGAAGCCCUGGAGGCCCUGAAGGAGCGGCUGAUCCAAGAGCAUCUCCAGGAGAUCGCCAGCCUGCAGCGCAGCCAGCUGAAGGAGGCCGGGGGUGGGGAGCAGCAGACGCUGCGCCAGCAGCUGCGGGAGAAGGACAACGAGCUGCGGGCCAUCCAGAGGAGCAUGGCCCACUGGAAAGACCAGACCACCUGCAAGCUGGCCCGCAAGUUUGAGGAGGAGCUGAAUGCGGAGCUGGAGACGCGCUUCUCCUGGGACAGACCCAGGGGCCUUCGCAGGAGUGGGGAGAGACUGGACGCAGAAAUCGGGCGGCUUGCCACGGACCGGAGCGAGCACACCCAUCUCUGCCCCACCUCCUCCUCCUCCUCCACCCCACUCGGGCAGCACGGCUUUGUGUCCUCAAAGCUCCUGCGCCAGCUGCAGGGCCGCGUGAGGGAGCUGCGGGCAGAGAACGCCCUCUACCGCGGGGGCAGCCUGGAGGACCUCGCCGCCCUGCGGGCAGAGCCAGGCCAGACGGGCAGAGACAAGAGGCUCCUGACAGCAGCUCUCUCUUUCCCACAGUUCCAUGGGGCAAGCUGUGGGAAAUAGCGCAUGUAGGAAGUGGGGAACAUGAAGCUGGAGCAGGUGGAAGAGUCGUCUUCUGUGGACAGACAGUGGGUGGUGGAGGCCUGGCUAUGGCAGGGGUGGAGUCACUCUCGACGUCGCGGGUAUCCAGCGGCGCAUUCGCUGCGCCCGGGAGUGAGGAAAGAAGCCAAUCAUAUGAGCUUGAGAAGAACCCAGGACGUUCUCCGCUGAGCAACUUGUGUAGACGCGACCCCGUCACAAACUCUGGGCUGCUCUUCAUGCCCCUGGGCUCAGUUUCCUGCUUGGUGAAGCCAAGGCCCUUGUUCCCUUCCGAUCAGACCCGUUCAGUCAGUGGGUGAAGCCGGGAGUGAUUGGUCAGGGAGGGGAUCUAGGGCACUACUGGAGCCAGGCAGUGACUGUUCAGCGCUGGGGCCAGUCCAAUGAGCAAGUCCAGGCAAACACUGGAGCCCAAGUGGAAAAAUCUCCGCUGAUGCCUCAAGGGGUUGAUGCUGCGGGAGGCUGUGAGAGAAGGGGCAGAGAGGGUCUCAUAGCCCCAGGAGUGGGGUGUGGAGUGAUGUCUUUUCUGCUAGCAGAGGGAAGGUGGAGGAGCAUUGCACCUCUGGGCUGAGCGUGGGUGGCUCUGGCAGCUACAGGGCAAAGAGUGCCCGUUGUGGCUGGGGGCAGCGGGUAUUUGUAUGUGUCUGAAGGAUGCCUUGGCAUCCUUUAAACCCUAUCCUGGCUCCUGUGCCAAGCAGGAGGCACUUGAUGCUAAGCUCUUUGGGGCAGGGACUGGGCCUUCCUCCCCGUUUGCACAAGGCAAGUGCUACCAGCAUAUAAAUAAUGAUGUUAACUCAGCAAUCUGCGGGUAAUUACCAAGAUGAUGAUGAUGAUAAUCCCUAGGUCUUCUAUAGCACUUUUCAUUGGCAGACCUCAAAGCUCUUUAAAAAAGAGGUCAGCUUCAUUAUCCCCAUUUUACACAUGGGGAAAGUGAGGUACGUAAAGAUGAAGUGGCCUGCCCAAGGUCAUCCAGCAGGCCCGCCAAGAAUAGAGCCCAGGUCCCCUGGGGGAGUGUGUGUCAAAUAUUCCAGAAGCACAGGCCUGCCCCUCACAAGAGCAAGCCAAGAGGUCUGGGCACAGCUCUGGCUGGUUGGGCUGCAGCAUCUGAAGAUGGCUCAGGAUUCUGCAUCUUGUUUUCAGUGCUGGUUGCGAUCCGUCUGGGUUCCAAGUAGCAGCAGAGCCAUCUUUGCAAUGCCUCCGUGCAGUGCUUUGCCAGCUUUCAAAAUGCAACUGGGGGCAGGUCUGCGUCAGAGUAGCCUAGAUGUCAGGUAUGAGGCCUGAGCGGAGCCAGUCUCUGGGCAGCCUAAUGAGCGCAGCUGGCCUACAGUAGGCUGCCUGAUGGGCUGCAUCCCCCAGUUGGUGGGCAGCAGCUGCAGGCCAGCUGUUAAGCCCAGCACCAGUGGUGUUUGGGAGUUGCUCAAAGCAUUUGCUCCUGGAUGUGCUAGUUCCUAUACCUGCUUGUUUCCAAUCCUACUUGUGCCUUGCCUCAGGCCAGGUAAUCCAGCGCUGACCCUCAGCUCUGAUGUCUAACUCCAGCUCUUCCCCGGGCGCCUAGUCUUGGCUACUGACACCUGUUCCAACCACUAGGCCUGACUGCCCACCCCCCGGUCUCCGAGACUGGGCAGAGGGUGAGUUCCAGGGGCGGUCAGCACCGUGACAUGGUCCCGCUAAACUUGCUCACUCCACCGCAGCAGUCUUUGUAGAUGUGCUGCUACAGGCUAGCUUCAUUCCCUACACCAGCAUAGUGUGGUUAAAUGCCGAGAGGGGGAUGCUAAAGUGGAUGUUGAUCAGUUUUUUUGCCUCAGCGCUUCAACCUGUCUUUAAAAAGCCCCGGGUGUUAGUGAAAGGUAAGCCUUGGCCUCCUCGGGGCACCACAGCAUUGGUAGAUUUGGCGCAUCCUGAAGCCUAGCAGGCAGAGCACUCCCGAUGCCGUGCAAGCCAUGGUUAACCCACUCGUCCUACCCCCGCCAGCUUGUGACAUGAAUACACCGGACCAGCACAAUCACGACAGCUGUACCUCUUACUACCUGCAGGGUGUUUCCAACUGCUGUCCAUUGCACGGGACCAGUGUAUUGCACCCAUGGCUGUAGGUACUUUGUAUAUAAAAACAACACGGCACA